UUACGAAGUGAACGAUCCAAAGUGCACGACAGAAACACCAUCAAUGAACAUGGUGCAUCAUGUCUUUGAGAAGAUUUACCUGCAGGGUUUUGUUUAAAUGUUUCAACCACGGUGUCGUCGCUUCAAAUGCACGAGAUGCAGCAGCCGCCGUGCUGGGACGAAGCUCCACGCGGGGCUACUACAACACCGUUAAACCCAGGUGUACGGGACCGGGCGGGGCGGCCCACGUCCGGGUGGUGGACCUCCGCAGCGACACGGUGACCAAGCCUGGGCCGGGGAUGCGGAAGGCCAUGGCGGAGGCCGAGGUUGGAGAUGACGUGAUGGGAGAAGACCCGACAGUUAACGAGUUACAGAAAAUUGCCGCUGAUAUGUUUCGGAUGGAGGCUGCACUGUUCGUUCCCUCUGGAACCAUGAGUAAUCUCAUCGCAGUGAUGGUGCACUGCAGGGAGCGGGGCGACGAGAUGAUUGUGGGCGAUUUGUCCCAUUUACACAUCUAUGAGCAAGGAGGGAGCGCGCAGCUGGCUGGUGUCCACGCCACCACGGUGCCCAACCUCCCCGAUGGAACAUUUGACAUGGAGCAGCUGGAAUCGAAGAUCCGCCACGGUUACCCCGACCCCCACUACCCCCGUUCACGCCUCAUAUGUGUGGAGAACACGCACAACAUACAGGGAGGACGUGUGCUGCCUCUGACCUUCCUGCAGGAGGUUCGUGAUUUAGCAGAUAGAUAUGGUCUGUCAGUUCACAUGGAUGGCGCCAGGGUGAUGAACGCCGCUGUGGCCCAGGGGUUGCCUCCAUCUACCAUACUGCAGCACACACACACCGUCAGUGUGUGCCUCUCCAAGGGUUUGGGUGCCCCUGUGGGAACCAUGCUGGCUGGACCCCAAGACUUCAUAUCCCGGGCAGUACGGUGCCGUAAAGCCCUGGGUGGGGGGAUGCGCCAGGCUGGUAUAUUAGCAGCAGCUGGGAAACUGUCUUUACUGGAGAUGGUGGGAAGACUGGAGGAAGAUCACCGCAAUGCAAAAACCUUUGCUCGAGCUCUGCUCGACUGUGACAGUUCUCUAUUCGCUGUAGACAUGGCGGCCGUGGAGACAAACAUCCUGCGUUUCCGUCUACAGGACCCCAGUUUAAGUCCCUCUGAGUUCUGCGCCCGCAUGGGGCAGGUUAACGAGGGAGAAGAGGCUGCACUGGGACAGGGGAUACAAGUUCUCAUGUACCCCCAUUUUGGAAAUUCGGUUCGGGCUGUAUGGCAUCUUGAGAUAUCCCCUGAAGAUACCAAGCUGGCCAUCCAGAAAAUGCAAUUUGUGGUUUCUCAGUACUUAGGGCAAAGUGACACCUGAUACUUACAGAGAUGUGCGGUGUGAUCGCUAGGACUGAUCAUAGAAGAUGGACACAGACUAAUCUAGAAAAACACUAAAGGAUGUCCAACAUGGGACAAAUAUAACUGGAGUCACUUUGGAUAGCAUUACUAAUUUAAUUCAAUUCAGUUGUCUGGCAAUUUGUAUUCAUUAAAUUUGAUAAACCAC